GUAACAUAGGAUGUUCACUAUAUUCUCGAGUUUAGAGAAAACUGAUGACUCCCGAGUAAAUUGGCAAGAUUUUUCGCGUAGCCUUUUUCGCACAGGGGCGGAGAUGACUGACAGUAAAAAAUUUGAAGACAUGAUUGAUCAUCGCAGUUAUACACAACUUAAGCACUUGUAAAAUUAGAGCCUGAAAAACAUUCAGGCCUGAACGGGAUUCGAACCCACGACCUCUGCGAUACCGGUGCAGUGCUCUACCAACAGAGCUAUCAAGCCAACUGGGAGAAAAUGCUGCCCUAAGUUUUGUAUAACUGCGAUGAUCAAUCAUGUCAUCAUAUCUUUCUCCGCAGUUCAAAUAUAUGAUCUUUCAUAUAUUCACUUGCCGCAAGAGAAAAUGAGGGUCCCUCAUUUUCUCUUGCUUGCAGUGAAAAAUUUGCACUUAAAAAGCGACAGCUCUACACGUACGUUAAAACAACCUCGUUCCCAGGGUCCUCUCUCUUCCUCUCGAAAGUUCUCGAGGUAGAGGGAAGACCCUGGGAAAGAGGUAGGUAAUUCAAGCGCUUUCUUUAUAUUCUCGGUAUAUAUUGGACCGGAACUAGCUUGCAACUGAGGCUUAUGCGGGAAGUCUUUUCAAAUUCAAAUGACAUUAACCCCUUUUAACGAUAUUCGCCCGCAUGAGCCUCGGUCACAAGCUAGUUCCAGUCCAAUACCGAGAACACGAAAGUUUCGAUUCAUAAUUCCUAUUUUGCACGUAGAAAUCUUUCCGCUUCCGUGAAAGUCCGCGACUAAAGACGCAAGUAAUUUACUAGGAAAAAAAUUCUAAGAGGUUAUACAGUCACCGUUACUUCGAACUCAAAACCGUUUCCCUUGGAUUUGCCCUUCAGUCAUUUACUAUCUGCUAUUUCAAACUCCCGCCAUUUCGAACUAUUUUUCGUUUCCCCUGCGAGUUCGAAAUAGCGGGCUUCAGCCCCCGUUGUCAUUGGCAAUCCAAUUUGGGAUCAUUUGCAGGCCCGUACAGUCCCGCUCACCGCGCCGUCCCGCUCACCGCGCAGUCCCGCUCACCGCGCCGUCCCGCUCACCGUGCAGUCCCGCUCACCGUACAGUCCCGUUCACUGUACAGUCCUGUGUGGGAGGCGCGGUGGUCUCAUGGUUAGGGCGCUUAUCUCCAGAUCAAGCGGUCUGGGUUCGAGCCAUGGCCGGGGGACAUUGCGUUGUGUUCUUGGGCAAGACACUUUACUCUCACAGUGCCUCUCUCCACUCUGGUGUAUGAAUAACGGCGAACUUUAUACUGGGGGUAACCCUGCGAUGGUGUGACAUUCCAUCUAGGGGGGAGUGGAAAUACUCGUAGUCGCUUCACGCUACAGAAACCGGGAUAAGCUCAGACCUGACUUUACCCUUUACCUUACAGUCGCUCACAGGGGCGAGACGACUCACUAACACCGCAUCUGAAUGGCGUUCAGUGCGUUUUUCAUUCCAAUCGAGUAAGCUAAGCUUUCAGUUACUCUGCAGCUGCCUCAAAGAGGUUCUAUUAGGGGGCCUCCUUUUCAAAAUGCCCAGUGGCGUUGUUUCAACGUUCAUUCAUGUCAGAAAAUCAGUUGUGUGGGUUCAUUUUUCUCUUGUGAACUGAAGUACUACUCGAACUAGGGUCGAAGGUGCAACUGUGUAUACAUCGACUAUGCCACAUACCUCUAGGUGUACAUUACUCUUACUUGUCGCUGACGGUGUCUCCUCGAUAAACUUUGUCGUUACUGAUUUGGUCGCAGUUGCUGCGCCCUAUCAUCAUCAGCAGCGAGCUAGAAAUUAGCUUUAUAACUUGUUUCUUCUAGAGAUGGAACUAACUACAGAUGAAUUUCUGGAAAGCAUUGGCAGCUUUGGUCGUUACCAAGUCCUCCUCAACGUAUUUUGUAACCUGACGUACAUGUUCUGGUUUGGUGUUCCUGUGAUGGUCAUGGUGUUUAUUGCAUCGGAUCCAGGCUGGAAAUGUAAAAAUAACGCCACAUGUCCCUUUACGGAGACUAUAAGACUCGGAGAUGAUAACUACUCCUACAGAUGUGAUAUUGCCAGAGAAGAUUGGGAAUUUGGAAAUGAUUUCACGUCAGUCGUCACCGAGGUAAAGUACAGCGAGGGCGGAUCCAUAAUUUUCCAGGGGGUUAUUCCACAGUUUGACCUUGUCUGCGAGCGUGGUUCAUUUGGAUUCAUCUCAACCUCGGUCAUCUUCGCCGGAUUUUUUCUUGGUAGCAUUUUCGUGAGUAGCAUAUCUGACAAGUUUGGCAGGAAGUAUCCGCUCUGUAUCUGCGGGUGUCUUUGCUCCGUUUUCAAUGUCGCUUCAGCCUUUGCUCCAGCGUUCUGGGUGUUUGCUUUAUUUCGUGCUGUCACUGGAUUCAUGAUUGGUGCUUUCACCGUUCCGGCAUUCGUGUUGGUGACAGAGUAUUCUGGCAUUCGCCACAGAGGCCCUGCAGGCUCUAUAAUUUGGUUCGGUUAUGUGGCAGGCGUUUCUUGCGUAACAGGACUUGCAUACGUCAUCAGAGAUUGGAAACAAUUAACGAUGGCCUCUGGAGCUCCAGGGAUUUUUUUGUUGGCUUGUUGGUCGACUCUUUCUUGUAUCUGCAGAGAUUUGAAUAGACUCAGUUGCUCAAACCUCUCUAUGUUUUUGUUAUUUCCCCACAGCCUAACUCCAGAGUCUAUCCGUUGGUUUCUAAAGAAAGGCCGAAUGACCGAAGCUAGGGAAUCGUUAAGUAAAGUAGCUAGGGUUAAUGGCAAAAAGAUGCCCGAUGCAGCGCUGAAAUUAAUUGGUCGUCGAAAAAUCGUCAUCGUGUCGUUUCUCGUGUCCACUGCAGGAGCUAUUGGCGCCCUUCUUCUGUCAGACAAGGCUGAAAAUGACGAAGGUCACUUGGCUGGAGAAGUCUUCAUGUAUUUGUUCGUGACUAAGUUAAGUGGAGAUAUUGCCUUUACAUUGGUGUACAUUUACUCUGCAGAACUGUUUCCAACAGCAAUAAGAUUUGCGGGACGCCGGCUUCGUAACGCACACACAAUUACUUUUAUCAUUCUUUCCUUCAUUCCUUCCUACGAUUUCCCUCAUCCUCACGGCUUCCUUUCUGCUUCGUUUUCCUUUACUUAUUUCCACUUUUUUCCAUUCUGUGUACAGCUCACGGUUAAUCGUUACCUGCCCUUUGGGAUUAUGGGCGGCUUAUCGCUAGUUACAGCGAUUGUGUGCAUGACAUUACCAGAAACUCACAACGAGCCGACGAUAGAAGAUUUGCUUCCGGGAGAUGGAGAAGACGACCAAAAUGAAAAUUCUCCUCUGAUUUCUCAUGAAGAGAAAAUGUGAAUUCAAUGGAUAGUAUUUCUUAUAUUACUAGUUAUAUAUGAGGAAUUGUUACUUUUCUACUGUUGUCGUAAAAAUUUUCACUCAAUUUUAACAAUAAUGCCACUGUUUGGUCCCUUUUCACUUUCCUUUCAUAGCCCUUACUGAAAGUUAGUUAUUUUGGGCCGUCCUUAAGAGACAGCACUCGAGAAAAUCUAUCGCUUUAAGGAAUUAUGAAGACCGCUAGGUGCUUGCUGUAAGCUUGCUUUAUUAUAUAGUAUUCGUAUAAAUCUACUACCGCUCUCUGAUUGGCUACGCCCUGAUUGGCUCUGAUUG